AUGGCAACGCCUCGAUGGCGGAUAUUGACCGCUCGUCCUUCGUGGAUCUGCAUCCAGUGCAGAGCCAAUUCUUCUGUCGCAUCCCGCAUUUCACCACCUCCGCAGGCCCUCCGCACCGGCAAGAACAAAAACGCCCUUCUGAACGUGCCGGCCAGGACGCGAUUCGCCCCCUCCCCCACCGGAUAUCUUCAUCUAGGCUCACUGAGGACGGCGCUGUUCAAUUAUUUAGUGGCGAAAAAGACUGGCGGGCAAUUCCUACUUCGCCUUGAAGAUACAGACCAGAAAAGAACAAUACCCGGAGCAGAAGAACGCUUGUACGAAGACCUUCGAUGGGCGGGCUUGAAUUGGGAUGAAGGGCCCAAUGUUGGUGGCCGCUAUGGGCCGUAUCGACAGUCUGAAAGAACAGCGCUUUAUCGAAAGCAUGCAGACAGCCUCAUAUCUUCUGGUCAUGCAUAUCGUUGUUUUUGCAGCGCCGAGCGACUGGAUACGCUCGCUAGACACCGCAAUCAACAGGGGCUUCCUCUCGGAUACGACCGCAAAUGUGCAAGUAUACGCCCCGAAGAGGCCGAAGACAGAGCUGCAGGUGGUGAAGCGCAUGUUGUUCGUUUGAAAACUGACGGGUACCCGAUGUUCCAUGACCUCGUAUACGGCAAAACAGGGCAAAACCGGUCUGGUGGUAAGAAGCAACUGGAAUUCAUAGAUCGGGUAUAUGAGGAUCCAAUCCUCCUCAAAUCUGACGGAUACCCAACUUAUCAUCUGGCAAACGUUGUCGAUGAUCACGAAAUGAAGAUAACGCAUGUCAUUCGGGGACACAAGCGCAAUGCCGAUAUCGACAUUUCGCUUUUUAAAGAUAGAGGGAUCAUGCCUUCUGCUUUGCUGAACUUUGCCGCUUUGUUGGGCUGGUCUCAUACCUCGAAAUCAGAUGUCCUUACAUUGAAGGAGAUGGAGGAGAUGUUCAAUCUCAAAAUCACGAAGGGCAACACCGUCGUGGCCUUUGAAAAAAUGUGGUUUCUACAGAAAGCUCAUGCGCAACGAUGCGCAAGCGAGAGAGGCCCAGAAAUCCAAGAGCUAGAGGACAAAAGUUCUGUCGUUGCUGAAGAGAUUUUAGCCGCAGAGCACCAAAGCACAGAGAGGCCUGUUCGGGAUAUAGUUACUCUCCUCCUCCAAGCAGAUGCAAAAUCAUACACCAGCCCUGAGGAAUUCAUCAAUCGCAACAAAACAUUCUUCAUCGCCCCUUCAGACCGCCCAGCUUACGAACCUACCACCAAGAAUGCGUCAAGCGCAACCGUCUCUCUUUCAGCUCUUCAUACCGCUGCAGCUGCACUCACUCUCACCCCUGAAAGCCACUGGGAUAUUGAAACUCACCGUUUGAAUAUAAAAUCCUAUAAUUUCGCUGGUAGUCUAAACGCUAGUGACUCUCCUAGCGAUACUGAUACUGCAGCAGCAAACCCAAUCGCGCAAGACAAAGCAUUCAAAAAGGAGUUAUAUCAUUACCUCCGCUGGGCUCUUUCAGCUGGCGCCCCAGGUCCUGGAAUCCCUGAAACUCUGACAAUCUUGGGACGUGCUGAAUCUGUGCGUAGACUCCAGGGAGCAAGAGAACUGACAACACCAGUUGUGCAGAAUACAUGCCGAGUGCCGAAAACGCCAAUCAAGCUAACUAGAGCUACUGUUAAUGUGUCGGGCAUGGAGAAGAAUGCUGAUAAUUCGUGGAUGGGUUCUUUGGCGCCGAAGUAA